AAGAAAAAAAGCCCAUAUCCACAGUUGUCUAGAUCUCUCUGCAGUGAUGGAAGACGACAAGUAUUUCUCAUUUGCAGAGUUGGACUUGGCGGCGGCAACUACGAGCACCGGAUAUUUGGAAGAUGCUCUGUUUUCCAAACGGAGGCGCUUACUGAUUAAUCCUCACCAUCAGCAACCUCAUGAUCAGUCUCGGAGCCACUGCUACGGUUACGAGUGGGAGAAGUCGGCACAGAAUUUCCACGUUAUAAGUCCAGAGGUUGAGCUCCUUGGAGAAAUCUUCUCAGCGUCAUCGGCAGCAUCCACUGAACCUGAUGCAGAGUACUAUUCAUCCUCGUCCUCCGGCCGUGCCAAAUCUGUCUCUUCCGCCGUCGAUGACGGAGAUCAGUAUCACUCGUGCAAUUCAGGGCCGACGGCGACUCACCAGCUUCUGCAUCAUCCGCAUUUUGCCUGGGUAGGCAGGGGAAUUGAGAUUAAGGAGGAGGAAAAUGCUGACGAGGACAGAAAUCAGCAAAAGAUAGUAACACUACCAAGUACAGGCGGCGGCGGCGGUAGGAGAAGGCGGCGGAGGGUGGCGUAUCCAUUUGCGUUGGUGAAGCCCGGCGGCGGCGAAGAAGGGGUGGUGACAAUAGAAGAGAUCAACAGCAGGCUGUUAAUGACACCAACGAGGCCACUAAGACACCCAGUCGGCGACUUCGCGUGUCGGCCAUGCGUGACGGCGGCGGGCCGUCCUGGUCUCUCCGGGAAAGCUGUGGUGGCACUUACCAAGAUCUAUACCCAAGGCGGCAAAGGCACUGUCACCAUUAUCAGGACCAAAGGUUGAUGCCGAAUGUCGAUACCCUGACCACCACCGCGCCAACUUAGUUCAUAAAGAAUGACGGAGAAAGAAAGGUGAAAGGAUUGUGUUGAAUCAAGUAAUGAUGACGACAGGUCUACUUUUAUUAUGCUUUAGUAUUCACCUUCGAGUUUGGG